AGCUCGCCGAGAAAGAUUAACGCUAAUUUGAGCUCCUUUAAGAGAGUAGAACUUCUGCGGAAGCACUACUCGUCAUCCAACCUAAAGGAUGAAGUUCAACAUUGCCAACCCCACCACUGGGUGCCAGAAGAAGCUUGAAAUCGAUGAUGAUGCUAAACUCCGAGCAUUUUGGGACAAGAGGAUAUCACAAGAAGUCAGUGGAGAUGCACUAGGGGAGGAGUUUAAGGGCUAUGUUUUCAAAAUAACUGGAGGCUGUGACAAGCAGGGUUUUCCAAUGAAGCAGGGAGUGCUGACUCCUGGACGCGUUCGUCUCUUGCUUCACAGAGGAACUCCUUGCUUUCGGGGCUAUGGCAGAAGGAACGGAGAGAGGAGAAGGAAGUCUGUUCGGGGUUGCAUUGUUAGUCCAGACCUCUCUGUUCUUAACCUGGUUAUUGUGAAGAAAGGUGAAAGUGAUCUUCCAGGAUUGACUGACAUUGAGAAGCCCAGAAUGAGAGGACCGAAAAGGGCUUCAAAGAUUAGGAAAUUGUUCAAUCUCUCCAAGGAGGAUGAUGUCCGCAAAUAUGUUAACACGUACCGCAGAACCUUUACAACCAAAUCUGGCAAGAAGGUGAGCAAAGCUCCCAAAAUUCAGAGGUUGGUUACUCCCUUGACUUUGCAAAGGAAGAGGGCAAGGAUUGCAGACAAGAAGAAGAGAAUAGCCAAGGCCAAGGCAGAGGCUGCUGAAUACCAAAAGCUGCUUGCCAGCCGAUUGAAGGAACAGCGUGAGCGCCGCAGUGAGAGUUUGGCUAAGAGGAGGUCUAAGCUCUCUGCGGCAUCUAAGCCAUCAGUUACUGCUUAAUCUCUCAUGUUCAGUCUUCCAUAUCGUUCUUGUAGGAUAAGUGAGUUAUUGAGGCGUCAUGUUAGUUUUAGAUAGACUUUAUCCUUCGAGUUUAGUACUUUUUGCGGAAGUAAGCUAUAUAAUCAACUUCUUUUUGAAUUUUGUUGUAUUUUUUGCUGCUGGAUUUUCGUUGUUGCAAAUUUGAUACAAUUUUUCAUGAGUCUGAUAUUCUGAUCCCGUUAGAAGAUAGUGGCGUGAUUAAUAA